UAAUAACCAGGAAAUUACGUAGCAAUGUUUGGGAUUGUGUGCCCAACGACAAGCUGCACGGAUGGAAAGCUCGACUGAGUGAGCAGCCUUUUACCCUGCAGCAUUUGGGGGGAACGUUGAGCUUUAUGUCGCCAUAAUUUCCGCAGACACUUCUUCUACUGCACAGUAGAACGCAAUGGACCUUCACAAAAUCAUCCACAGUGCGAUGCACGAUUUCAUUCAUACGUACAUUCCUGAUGCAGAUCUCAGUGCACUGGAUGAUGUUCUUCUGUCGUAUAUCACUGGAGUCCUGGAGGAUCUUGGCUCCCCACAUAGUGUGGAGGAGAACUUCGAUGUGGAGGUUUUUGCAGAGAUGCUAGAAGCUUACAUACCUGGCUUUGCUGAAAUUGACAGUGUAAAAGUCUGUGAAAUGAUGUUCAGCCUGGCUUCAAAACUAGCCACUGCUCGGACCACAGGCAAUGAAGACAGUGAUGUGCCUAAAUCAAGGAAAGAUGAUCUUUCUAUGAAACACCUCGACACCCUGCCAAAUGAACAUCCAUCAGGAAGAGAAGCACCACACAGAGAAUCACAGACAGAGGGCGCCACUGCUAAACUUCCAGAGUCUGAAUGGGAAGCCCAGGAGCAACACCUGCUAGAGAUGUUUCCCAAGUGUAGUCUGUCUGAGGCUCGUAGUGCCCUGUCUAUUGCCAAAGGAGACAUGGAGGAAGCUGUGCGCCUUAUCAUAGAGGGCGAUAUCCAACUCAGCUCCACUUCCGCUAACGUUAAUCAUGGGAAAAGUAUUUCCUCGCAGGCAGACCAUAAACUUAAAGAAAGCAUCCUUGAGAAGUACAUGCAUGUGGACAGUGAAGAGGACAAAAUAACACACCGGCCUGUCGCCCCCAAAGAUGCUCCAAAGAAGUUAGUGCGCUACCAUGGCAGCCAGGUCGUAACCACAAAAGGCGAGAGAUACCAACUUGUGAAGACAAACGAGACGGAGGACAUGAAGAAAACAUACGUCAACCUCAAGCCUGCAAGAAAGUACAGAUUCCAUUGAUGACGAGCACGGCACUGUAAGCGCAGCUACUGACAAUAUUGUUUACAUUAUUGGUCAAAUAAGCAAAUUUAGCUUUUUUUUUCUUUUCCCAAGUCACGAAACAUAUUUAUUAGACAAUGUUUGUGGCUUAUUUUAAAAAACAUACCAUUUUAUGCCUUGGUUAAAUCAUGAUAUUACAGUGUUCCAGUUGUAUCACUGUUCAUUAACUUAAAACUUUGUGUGAUAUUUGGCUGGGAUGUCGUCACAUGUGGUCUAGUUUGUCCUACGGCCUAAUUUAUCAGUGUUUUGUCAUUUCAGCAGGUCUGAUGUUGCACUGACAUCCUUUUUUGACCGUGUAAAAUGCAAAUUUGUAAUAGUUUUUUGCUUUCUUUUUGUAUUGUAUUGUAUUUUAACUGGGUAGAACAUGUGUAGGUUCAUAACUAUGGCACGAAGUUAUAGAGAUGAAUCUACUUUACUUUCUGUACAUACGUAUGAGUGAAGCUGUAAAAUUCCUUCUGAACAUUACAUGUCACAGCUGUUUUUCGUGCCAUUUUUACCAAAAGGUCCAGUGUGUAACAUUUAGGAGGCUUUAUAGCAAAUAUUGUAUAUUCUAGCCAUAUGUAUGUUUAUAUAUAGGUGUAUAAUCACUUUUAAAUAAAAAAACAAUUUGGUUUUUCCAAAGCCUUAGAACAUGUACUUAAGGUCAGGGCCUUGUAAUCAUAUUUCUGCAGCAGCUGAAACUGACGAGUCAGCCACAGUGUGAUUUGCCAACUAAGAAAAAGGCAACGGGUAAAAAAAGAGUGGAGGAAGUUAUGAAAGAGUGAUUGCAUCCUUUCUAGAAUGCAAAGGCCACCAUAGUUCCCUGAUGCACUUGGGAAAGGGACAGUACACUGAUUGUGUGCUGAACAAAUCUUUUUCCUCUUAGCCAAUGUUCCAGAUAAAUCCACAUUGGAUAGUGAACUUGGUCCAAUGCAGCUGAGGCACAAGAGUUUAACAAUGCAAGGGUAUGGGAUAAUAUGCAAAGUUAAAAACAUUUCCAUUUAAAAAAAAAACUGAAGAGAAUUAAGAUAAAUAUGUCCCAAUGUGAAACGACCUGAUACUAGAGCUAAACAGUUAUUUUCAAAGUGAAAUUGCCGUUUAUAUGAAUGGAAUUCACACAUAUUAAAGUUAUUUGCUCUGUAUUAGAAUGUAUUUCACGUUUUAAAUGUAUUAUAUGAAAAUGUUAAAUCUUUACUUUAAAAAAAAAAUUGCAAUUCAAAUGACACAGCAAUAUCUCUCAGAAAAAUCAGAUAUUUAGUUUAGUCCUGAGCAGCUUGAGAAUAUCUUAAUGUUAGUGGGUGACACCAGUGAAUUGUUAUUAAACAAAAGGUGCUCCAACUUUCAUGUUACUCCACGACAAUGGGAAACACUACCACUAUCAAGGAUGGCAUCAUUUUCUAGCACAGCAUAUCUAAUUCUCAAGGGAUGCACAAACUCAACAUGUUAAAUUUCAAGUGCUACUGGUUGAUGUUGAUGUGUUUUUAAAUUUCGUUUGUUUUUGUUAUCAACAUUUAGAUUUGCAACAUCUCAUUUACAUUGCUGAAAUGGCCCACCAGCUCUCUUCAUCUCAUUUGUGUUGAGUUUUGCUCAUUUUUGUGACUGCCUUUUUUUUUUUUAUUGUUGUUAAUAUCAUGGUUGGCUCCUUUAUCUUUCCACCAACAUAUACAACUUAUCUAUUUUUGUUCUGUGUCCAUUUUGAGCUACUGUAAGCUGUCGUUUUUGAUUGGUGGCAUAAUAUACUUUUCCUGAGUGUAGAUUUAACACAAUCAAAUGUUUCAAAGACGUGUUGUUAUUGACGCUCGUCAUUAUCAGCAGCAAUGUUGUUUUUAUUUACUGUAUGAUGGUAUUACUGUAGAGCAUGGAACGGAUUCACCGAAUCCAAUGAGAAACUGUACACGCACAAUUUAUAGUAAAUAAAUACAAAUUUUUUUUAGACGACCAUUAAAA